AAUAUAUUAAAUACAUGAUUCAAAAGUCUAUUACAAAAGGAUUUAGGAGCCAAAUUGAAAGAGCUCCUAGCAGUGGCCAUAACUGGAACAGUUUGAGCAACAAAAUACUGAUAAUAUUGGAUUAUAACUCAAAGAAUACAAUAAAUACCAGGUUGAUUCCUGGAAGUGGGCGUGCUGAAGCAGAGAGGUGAUGAGUGUGGUUUUCUUAGGUAUUGCCAGACUCCCUCUGUAAGAGUUGUCCGGGCUGUGCCCCCACUGGCAGUCCGAGAUCACCUGCUUCUCCUUGGCCUUGCCAGCAGCGUAUAUUGUGAAACUUUUGGUUGAUAUUGUGAAAUUUUUUGCUGAUCCGACAGGAUUCUUACAUUUUCAGAGAAUCUUUUGAAAAGAACAAGUUUACUUCAAUAAAUGAAGGAGAAUAAAGAAAAUUCAAGCCCUUCAGUAACCUCAGCAAACCUGGACCACACAAAACCAUGUUGGUACUGGGAUAAGAAAGACUUGGCUCAUACACCCUCUCAACUAGAAGGACUUGAUCCAGCCACUGAGGCCCGGUACCGCCGAGAGGGGGCUCGGUUCAUUUUCGAUGUGGGCACACGUUUGGGACUACACUAUGAUACCCUGGCAACUGGAAUAAUUUAUUUUCAUCGCUUCUAUAUGUUUCAUUCCUUCAAGCAGUUCCCAAGAUAUGUAACAGGAGCUUGUUGUCUCUUUCUGGCUGGGAAAGUAGAAGAAACGCCCAAAAAAUGUAAAGAUAUCAUCAAGACAGCUCGUAGUUUAUUAAAUGAUGUACAAUUUGGUCAGUUUGGAGAUGACCCAAAGGAAGAAGUGAUGGUUCUGGAGAGAAUCCUACUACAGACUAUAAAGUUUGAUUUACAGGUAGAACAUCCGUACCAGUUCCUACUCAAGUAUGCAAAACAACUCAAAGGUGAUAAAAACAAAAUUCAGAAGUUGGUUCAAAUGGCAUGGACAUUUGUAAAUGACAGUCUCUGCACGACCUUGUCACUGCAGUGGGAACCAGAGAUCAUAGCAGUGGCAGUAAUGUAUCUCGCGGGGCGUUUGUGCAAAUUUGAAAUACAAGAAUGGACCUCCAAACCCCUGUAUCGGAGAUGGUGGGAGCAGUUUGUGCAAGAUGUCCCUGUGGAUGUUCUGGAAGAUAUCUGCCACCAAAUCUUGGACCUUUACUCACAAGGAAAACAACAGAUGCCCCAUCACACGCCCCACCAGCUGCAUCAGCCCCCAUCACUCAACCCAACACCACCAGUGCCACCAGUGCCACCGUCACAGUCUGCUCAAGGCUCUGAACCGCCGCAGCCCCAGCAGAAGGACCCACAGCCAUCAGCCCAGCCGCCACCGCCGCCACAGCAAGCCCAGCAGCCCAAGAAACCAUCCCCACAGCCGAGUCCUCCCCGCCAGGUGAAGCGAGCCACGGUUGUUUCUCCCAAAGAAGAGAACAAAGCAGCAGAACCACCACCACCUAAAAUCCCCAAAACUGAGACCACUCACCCUCCAUUGCCUCCGGCCCACCCGCCGCCAGACCGGAAGCCGCCCCUCUCGGCUGCCUUAGGCGAGGCUGAACCGCCAGGCCCUGUGGAUGCCAGUGACCUCCCCAAAGUCCAGAUUCCUCCUCCAGCCCACCCGGCCCCUGUGCACCAGCCACCACCGUUGCCACACCGGCCACCACCACCACCACCCUCGAGCUACAUAACCGGGAUGUCCACCACCAGCUCGUACAUGUCUGGAGAGGGCUACCAGAGCCUGCAGUCCAUGAUGAAGACCGAGGGCCCCUCCUACAGCACCCUGCCCCCGGCCUACGGCCCCCCAGCUCACCUGCCCUACCACCCCCACGUCUAUCCCCCGAACCCACCCCCACCACCAGUGCCCCCUCCCCCAGCCUCCUUCCCCCCACCCGCCAUCCCACCCCCCACUCCUGGCUACCCUCCACCUCCACCCACCUACAACCCCAACUUCCCUCCUCCACCCCCACGCCUGCCCCCAACCCACGCCGUCCCACCUCACCCUCCUCCAGGCCUGGGCCUGCCCCCAGCUAGCUAUCCACCUCCAUCUGUCCCCCCUGGAGGACAGCCACCUGUACCCCCACCCAUCCCCCCACCUGGCAUGCCUCCAGUCGGGGGGCUGGGGCGCGCAGCCUGGAUGAGAUAACCUGACGCCUUUCUCCCCCCUUUGUUGUUUUAACAAAAGUUUUUUAACGAACUUGAAGAGUAGUUGAAGUGAGUAAGGAGCAGGGUCCCUUGUGUGAUGCUAGACAGUUGCAGGAUGGGAAGACGGAGCAGGCCCGUGAGCUGAGACAGGCGGGCCCCGGACCCGAUGGGGCACGCCCACUGCCGCCUGCGUGCAGGUGUCAGCCGAGCGCACGCGGCCUGGGUGACUGUGUACUAGUGAAAAUCUUAACCAGCCACAUUGGCUCAAGAGUAGCUUUCAUAAGGAGUGAACUUCCUCAGUGCCUACUUUUCCUGGACACCCAGUUUUACCUAGUCCGGUCCCCCCAAGUCAGGCUGUCAGCGUCACUUCCAUUCUGUGUUCUCCCAACACCCAGAAGAACCACUUUUUUGAUUUAGAGAGAUUUACAUCUUUGUAUUAAAGUUAUUUUGA